AUGGAGCCAGCUAUAAACCGCAGACUGAGAAGCGGAUCAACAAGUGCCCAUAAGCCGGCAUUUUCGAUGACACCUGAACCAAUUGGCAAUCCAAAAACGCAUUCUGGAAGCUGCUACAUUGUCGAUAUAAUUGUCAAAAGCAGCAGAAUUACUACAGCGGGUAACCCCUCUCGUGAUCACAUGUCUAACGAGAGGACGGCCUUAGCAUACAUUCGAACUUCCUUAAACUUGAUCAUCCUUGCACUACUUUUACUUCAACUAGCGAAAUACGUGGUCAUUGCACCUGUAACACAAAUAGAAACAAUCCAACAUUUAAAAGACUCGUAUGAGAAGGAUAUAUUCAAUCAGUUGGUCAGCUGUCGACACACCGUUGAGAAGUUUUCCAGACCCAUAUCCGCAUUUAUUUUCAGCAUCUCCCUUUCAAUCCUAGCAACGGGGACGAUCCGUUACAUUCGUAUCUUCCAGUGUCUCAGCAAUGUCCCAGAUAUCUUUGAGAGUGGAUUACCGUUCCAGCUAUUGGUAUUUCUUGGAAUUGUUAUCAUCUCCUCAUUGUUCAUAGUUUACACAAUCAAACUGGCCUAG